AUGGCGAGCGGCGGCGGCGGCGGCGGCGGCGGGGCCCUGGGCCUGGGGCUGGGCGUGGGACUGGGUCUCAGCCUGGCCAUGGGCGAGGCGACGGCCGAGGCGGAGGAGAAGGCGGCGGCCGAGGCGGUGGGGCGGCUGACCACGGCGCUGUGGCUGCGGCUGCGGGGCUGGGAGGCGGUGCUGGCGGCGGCGCAGCGACUCCUGGUGUGGGAGAGGCCGCUGCACAGCCUCGUCUCGGCCGCCGCGAUCAACGGCCUCUUCUGGGUGCUGUCGUCCUCCUCCCUUCGGCCCUUCUUCCUCCUCAGCGUCUCUCUGCUGGGCUACUUGCUGCUGGACCUCUGGCAGCCCCACUUCUUGGCUGACUUUUCAGCUUCCACCCCAGAAGACCCGCACUCUGACAGCGAGGGCGCAGGGCCCGGCGCCCGGCCUCACCUGCUGAGCGUGCCUGAGCUGUGCCGAUACCUGGCCGAGAGUUGGCUCACCUUCCAAAUUCAUCUUCAGGAGCUGCUGCAGUACAAGAGACAGAACCCAGCCCAGUUCUGCGCUCGCGUCUGCUCUGGCUGUGCAGUGCUGGCCAUGCUGGGACACUAUGUUCCAGGGAUUAUGAUUUCCUACAUUGUCUUGCUGAGUAUCCUCCUGUGGCCCCUGGUGGUUUAUCACGAGCUGAUCCAGAGGAUGUACACGCGGCUGGAGCCCCUGCUCAUGCAGUUGGACUACAGCAUGAAAGCCGAGGCCGAGGCCCUCCACCACAAACAUGACAAGAGGAAGCGGCAGAUGAGGAGCAUGCCCCCUGGAGGCGAUGAACCCAUGGCAGAGACGGAAAGCGAAAGCGAGGCCGAGCUGGCGGGCUUCUCCCCGGUGGUAGAUAUGAAGAAAACAGCCCUUGCCUUGGCCAUUACAGACUCAGAACUGUCAGAUGAGGAGGCCUCUAUUUUGGAGAGCGGUGGCUUCUCUGUCUCCCGGGCCACGACUCCCCAACUGACAGAUGUCUCUGAGGAUCUGGACCAGCAAAGCUUGCCAAGUGAGCCAGAGGAGGCAUUGAGCAGGGAUCUCGGAGAGGGGGAAGAAACAGAAUUGGCCCCUUCUGAGGAGCCGCUGGACCAUGAACAUGCCCUUUCAAAACAGGCACUGGACUCUGAGGAGGAAGAGGAGGUGGCCGCCAAGGGGACCUUGCUUCAACUCACUUCCCCACUGCACUUUGUGAACACGCACUUCAAUGGGGCAGGGUCCCCCAGGGCUGGGAUCAGGGCUCCCCUUGGGGAACCAAUGGAGUCACUUAGCCCUGAGCUAGUGAGUGAUUCCCUCAACACUGUGCCCAGUACCCUGUCAACCCCACUUUGCCAUGCUGAAAGCAGCAAAGUUCCCUUUCCCCCUGUCCUCCUGCCUACUCCCCAGGACUGUCCCCUACCUGCCCUGGCCCCUGAGGAGGAGGAGGAGACACUGACCUCUGAGGACUUUGAGUUACUGGAUCAAAGGGAGUUGGAGCAGCUGGAAGUGGAGCUGGGAUUGGGGCCAGGCACAUCCCCAGAACCCCCUGAUGCUCCACCCCCCAUUCCUGAUGCUCCUCUUCCUGCACUGCCAGACCAAAAGGCUGGGGCUACGGCGGCACCCUGAGGCAGCUGAGGGAGGAGACGCAGAGUGGGGAGGCAGGCGUAGGUCUGGCUGGUUAGCUGAGGGUACCACUGUUCUUCCUCCCAGCCCCACUGCAUUAGGCCCUACUGUAUUAGGCAGGGAGUGGAUCAGUGAAGCCGGGGCCAUUCCACCAUCCUGCCUGCACCUGGGCCUGACGUUGGUUCUAAGUUUGUAAAUAACUUUAAAUUGGGGUUAGUGGAUAUGUGCAGGCCUAGGGAAGCCAGCCCUGCCUGCAGCCUAUCGCUUGCCUCCCUCCUCCCCACUCUACUCUCCCUCUCACCCCAAUGGGCUCCUAAACUUUUCCCUUCCAGCCUCAGGGACCUGUGCUGCUUUGCCCCAGUGUCCCCACCAAGUUGUUUAGUUAAGGCACUUUACCGAUUUCCUCUUCUCCUGCUCCCCUCUGUGCUCUGUUUCCCUGUUGUCUUCAUCUUACAGCUAGGCUGCUCUGCCCCAGCUCCCUCCCCGUACCGGGCACUAGCUGAACUUGGGGAGGUUGCUGUUUGGAGGUGGGGGGGUGGGGAGGGGGGAUGAGGGAAUUCACAGCACAUACACCAGCACUGGGGUUGGAUGAGCACAAAGCCUGGCUUUAAGCUGACUGGGGUUGGGGGGGGAGGGGGGUACUUGUAGAAGGGAGGGAGGGAGAGGAGGAGGGACCUGGGCACCUGGACAUCAGGUAUGCUAAAGGCCUGAAGUGGGGUGUCCUGGACUGGGUUUGGAUCUGGACUGUAACACCUGUGCAGGCAUCAACUAGAAUAAUAAAAUGUGUUGGUUGGCUGGA